UCAAAACUCCCACAAUUAACAGUGCAAAUACAACAGAAGGAAAAACAAUUGUGACAUGGCUAACCCACUAUAAGUCUGAUUUGGCAAGUGGAGAUUUGAAGACUGAACUUCAACUUAAACGAGGGAAAGCUGUCAAUUGGGAAUACAGUGUUAUUGAAAAGGGCAUUCGUAAAACACAGUAUGAGUUUUAUGAUUUAGUGCCAAACAUAGAGUAUGUGGUCAGGGCCCGAGUAUUCAUCGAAGAUCACCACAGUGAGUGGAGUAAAGGCAAAAGAUUUUUCAGUGCAUCAUUGAUUGACAGUGAUGUGAUAAAGAAGAUAGUGGUUCCGGUGUUAUGUCUGAUCCUGGUCCUCACUGUGUGUACAUUAGCCUGCUGCUGUGUCAAAAUCAAGAAGAACGGGCAGAGUAAAAAUUCAUUUUUUCCAAAGAUUGAAUUUAUUGAUAAUCCUGUCCGGAGAGAAGACAGGAUACUCUGCCCAGAAAAGACUCCCACAUCCAAGAUAGAGGUGUUCAUUCCUAAACAGUACAUGGCUGACGAGAAGAAAAGCAUUACCACCCCCUCAGUCAGCGACAGCAACAGUGGAAACAGCAGCCUUGCUGUGAGCACAGAAUCCAACUCAACCUCAGCUGACUUAGGGCACGCCUGCCACGUCAGGAAAUCUCAGAAUCAGUCACUGGAGCGCUUACUGUCGGCGGUCCAGCAAGACAUGGUGCGGGGGUGCCGGAUCCUGGCAGCUCCAGGAACGAAGCUCUUGGAUAUGCCAGUCGACUCUGACUAUGAAAGCGUCAGCAUGCAAGAGUCACAGAAAGCCUGUGCCCCCAUCUCUGCCUCACACAGUGACUCCGGUUGCAUCUCGGGCUCAUCCGGAUGCGCCUCAGAGUUGUAUUUCGACAACCUGUGCUACUCAGCCCAGUCCGGCUCCUUGCCUAGCGAGCCCUGUGGUUUUGUGCCAUCAUUAUUCUGUGACCUUGACCUUGCAUGUCAGUCAAACAAGGGUUUUGGCCAGCUGGUGUUGAAGGAGACGGAUGAACGCAAUGUUGUUUUGCCCCCACUCAUCCAAACAGAACUUGUCUACCGACCUUCUGCUGACUUGAUCAGUGAGGCAGAAUGCCGUCACCAGGCCCUGGGUGUAAACGAGCCCUGCGGUGCCAGUGAGGACGCUAACAGGAGCUUGGUGAAACUCAUGGGACAGGGAGUAAGCAUUUACCUGAAUAGGACUGGGCAGGGCAUUGAGGAGGAGAAGGAUGUUGCAUGGCGGUGGGUUUGUAGCAAGAGCCUGCUUCAUCCCUGUCCUUUUACUCUUGAGGAGUGUAGCCUGUUACAAAGCGAUGAUGAAUAUCGCUCUGUGCAAAGCUUGAUUUCAAGCUAAAGGGACGAGUAUGAAGAUAAAUGUAUACAACAUGACUCUGAGCUGAACUGAGUUGGCAGUGUCCUGCUGGAAGGAUUUGCCACAUGGAUGGACAACAUAAUUUGUGGCCUUCAUUAAUGUGGCACCGAAAUGGCUAGUUGAAAAUGUUGGCAGGAGUGACCACAAGUUGGAUGCCAUUUUUUAAGGUACCAGCAGCCAACUGAAUGUAUUUUUGGCUGAAUUUGCAUCAGCCAUCAGCCCUCUCUAUGUAAUAUUGUCAUGAUGGUACAUUGCUCAUGUUCUGCAUGUGUGCCAAUAGCAAAUAAUGAUGGCCAUUUCAGGAUUGAAGUGGGACCUUACAGUCUGAAAUAUUAAUCUGUGACAUGAUUUAUGUGCCUUUGCAGUUGAAGAAACCCUUUUGGGCUGUAAAGUGCUGUUCUAGCAUCUGUUUUUUUUCCCAGCCCAAGCCAUAUCUGAUGUUUAUUAAUGUCUGAUAUUACAUUGACCCAUUUUGUAGAACUGAGUGUAAAUGUGAGUCUGUGUAUGUUUUGACCUUUUUAAAUAUAAAGUAUGCAAUCAGCA